AUGCGGACCCCAGCCAAGGAGGCUCUGGAAGCACCGCUGCCUGCCAGCCUGAGGACCGCAAAUUCCGCGCGGGUGAGGAGAGGGCGGUUUCCCGGGUGGCUCCGCCUGUGCCCAUACCCCCACGCUCGCGGGGGCUCAGCGCCUUGCCGGCUCCGCGCACAAGUUGUGCCACGUGGCCCUGACCCCUGUGACUCCCCUGCAGCUCCCGGGCACGCACGAACGAGUCGACUCGCACGCUGGAAGCCAGUGAGUCGUCGGAGAGACUUGCUACCAAGAGCCCCGCGCGCCACGCCAUCCCCGCCCGACUGGCCCCCGACGCCCUGCGCCCUACGGCCCUCGCCCUUCCCGCACCCUGUGCUGCACGCUCUCCCCGGCCUGGCCCGCGCGCUACUUUUCCCGGCCUACUGGGCCCUGGACCAGCUGCUGGGCUGCUGGGCGCCGGCCGCACGCCCAAGCGACCAGAUCUGGCUGAGCGCCGCAGCGGGCGCCGGAGCGGCUCUGCUGCUGCUGCUGCUUCUUGUCGGCCCGCCUCUGGCGCUGCCGGACCUGCUGCUCUGGCUGCUGCUGCAAGCCUGGCGCCGUCCCUUCUACUACCAGCCCUCUCCGCAGUGCGGGGCGCCCCCCACGCCCUGGCGCCCCCCAGCUGAGCCCGCGCGCAGCUUCAGCUUCUUCAGCGCCAACCUGUGCCUGCUCCCCGACGGGCUGGCGCGCUUCAGCAACUUGCCGCACAGCCAGCGGCGGGCCGAGACCUUGGGCGCCGUGCUGCUCGCCGGCCUGCGGCAUUCGCCCUAUGGGGCUACCGGCUGCAGUUCGCCAGUGCAGGGGAUGCCGUGCGGGGUGCUGAUAGGCGCCAUGCCAGCGAGUCUGGGCUUCACGUGCCUGCAGGAGCUGUUCGAUCUUCGCGCAGAGCGACGCCUGGUGAGCCGCCUGGCACCCAAUCUGGGCCCGGUGUCGUACGACGUGGGCACAUUCGGCCUGCAGCCCGGGCUACACCUGAAGCUGCUGGGCAGCGGGCUGCUGCUGGCCUCGCGCUACCCGCUGCUACGCGCGGCCUUGCUCCUUCCUCACGCACGUCGCGAGGAUGCGCUGGCCUCCAAGGGACUACUUUCUGCACAGGUGCCCCUGGGCAUCCCGGACGGGCGCCGCAUCGUGGGCUUCCUGCACUCCAUACAUUUGCAUGCGCCGAGCAAGGACGGGCUCCUGCGCCGCAAACAGCUGACGCUGUUGCUGGACUGGGCCGAGCGGUCCUAGGUUGAGAGCCGCCAAAGUGACGAGGCCGUGGCCUUCAGUGUGCGCCUGGGUGACCUAAACUUCGACACCUGCUCGCUUAACCACGCGCAGGAGCCGGCGCACCAGCAGUUCAGCCGCUUCCGGGACCCCUGCCGGCUGGGGACUUGCCCGCCCUCCCCAGGAACGCGGCUGAGCACCUCCAAUCCCCGCCACUCCGUGGCCUGCUCCGCGGAGAUGCUGAGGGGAGUGGCCACCUGGGGGCCAGGCCACGCCCGGAAGGAGGGCUGCCCUGACCUUGCCGACGCCGCCACCCUCCUCAGGGCCUUGGAGCAGGGGGAAGGGCGCCGCCGGCGCCUGGACUACGUCACCUACCGGGGAGGGCCCGGGGGCAUUCUGAGCCCAGGAAAGGUGGAACAGGUGACUUUCAGCACCGCCCUGGCGGGGCUUACGGACCACCUGGCUGUGCGACUUCCAAGCCCUCCUAAGGCAGGUGCAUCCAGUUCUCAGUCCUUGGACUCUGAACUGGCCUUCUGCCUUAUUUUGACCGGAAGAGCGUGGUGGAAGUGACAGUGUUCCUGUGCGGAGCCGUGACCUUGAGAAGCCUGUCAGGGGCAGGAGUUCCGGGAGUGACCCUGUCACUCUGGAGAUUGUCACUCUGGGCUUGCAGCAGUUAUUCGUGGAGGUCUACUACUUCUUGUUCUAAGGGCCAGAAGUCCAAACUGAGUCAUUUGGGCUAAAAUCAAGAUGUCAGCCAGGACAGUGCCUUCUGGAGGAUCCGGGGGGAACCCGUUCCUUGCUGCAGCCAGCAGUCAGCGCUCCGUGGCUUGUGGCUGCAUCACUCCAAUCUGCCUCCAAGGUCACCUCUCCUCCUCCUCUGCUUCUGCAGCCGAAUACCCCUCUGCUUCUACCUUAAAAGGAUACUCAUGAUUACAUGUAGGGCCCACCUGGAUACUCUAGGACACUCUCUCCUUCUCAAGACCCUUAGCUUAAUCAUACCUGCAAAGUUCCUUUUGCCAUAGAAGGUGACAUUCACAGCCUUUGGGAAUUAGGACCUGGCUAUUCUUCAGCCUGUUACACUGGCUGGACGUGGGGCAGACUUGAAAGUGUUCCUCAGCCGCUGAUUCAUCAGCAAAGGGCAGCACGUCACCGGCUUGGGAGCUGAAGCACAGCCUUUGCCCAGCCGGUGGCUGAACCCUAAGCUCUGCGGACUCGGGUGCAACUUCUGGGCAACCAGGCUUAAGUAUAAGAAGGGGGAGGGGGCUUCCCUGGUGGCGCAGUGGUUAAGAAUCCGCCUGCCAAUGCAGGGGACACGGGUUCGAGCCCUGGUCCGGGAAGAUCCCACAUGCCGCGGAGCAACUAAGCCUGUGAGCCACGGCUACUGAGCCUGCGCUCUAGAGCCCGUGCGCCACAACUACUGAAGCCCACGUGCCUAGAGCCUGUGCUCCGCAACAAGAGAAGCCACCGCAAUGAGAAGCCCACGCAGCGCAACGAAGAGUAGCCCCCGCUCGCCGCAACUAGAGAAAGCCCGCGCGCGGCAACGAAGACCCAGCGCAGCCAAAAAUAAAUAAAUAAAUAAAUUUAUUUUUUAAAAAAAAGAAGGGAGGGGGGAGGGGGCCUGAGUAGUGACAUCAUAAGCUGCACACUGUGGAGGAACAGACUUCACAGAACUGCUGCAGACAAGCCACUGGACUAAUUAACAGCCAACAGCAACAAGCCCAAGGAGGGGCCAGCUAAACAUAACCCAGAGUUACUGCAACAGAUCAUUUAAAACGUCCAGUUUUCAGCAAAACACCCUGAGACGUGCAGAGAAACAGGACAGGGUGAUGGUUGCACAGGAGAGGGACGCAGCAGUCACUGCCCUUGAAGGGCCAGGUUUUGGAUUCGUAGACAGAGACAUCAAAGCUUCGCUUACACAAAGGCCCAUGAAAGGGGUGGCUGCAGUGGCAGGUGGUGGCAGGCCCCUCUGCCACUGCAAAUACCCCGCCGGCAGCAGCAGAGACCCACAACCUCACUCGCACCCCUUCCACCUGGAGGGGCAGUUAUUUGUUCUGCCCCAAACCAGCCCCUAUUCUGGACACGGCUUUGCCCUCCCUGACAGCUCCUCUCCCAGCACCUUCCUCCCAGGCUUGCCAAACGCCUUACCUCCCGCUGGAUGCUGCUGCACACCAAGGACCCAUCUGAGAGCCAACGGCCCAUGGCAAUGAGCUCACGACCCCGGGACUCACUGGUCUUCCCAGGUUCCCCAUCGGCCUAACAGAAUGGAGACAGUCUGUUGAAGGCCCUGCCAUGCUUCCAACUGGCUGUUGACCCCUCUUGGGAUGGGAUGCUUGCUGCUGAGAUGCAUCUGUGCUGCCUAAGGGGUCUGGGGUCUGGGGACAGAUUCACUGCGAAGUCAUGAGGCUCAGCUCGGGACUCUUCCAGACCAGGGCCCCAGCAAAGUGUUCACAGGGUCGCACAUUUUGUAAAAUUUGCAAAAGUACAUAAUUUAAUCACAGUCGGUUAAUGCUGUCUC